AUGGUAUCCAACAAAGAAUCAGCUGUGAUAUUUGUAGAUAUUGAAGAAACUUACUCUUACAAUGAAGAUCUGAUUUGUAAAUUCGUUCUCAAUUAUUAUACUCCCCAAGAGGGCGAUAGAAUUGCUUUGUAUAAAUUAGGAUGGAAAUCUGUGAAAGAUUAUGUAGUUUUCGAGUGGGCUCCUGUUGGAGUACCAGAAAACGUUGAACACCAAGUCAUAUUCGAAAAACAAUAUUUGCCCACAAUUGAAUCGGAAAUCUACCAGAUCUGCUAUAUAAGUAGCGAGAACAUACUUCAUGGAGCCACUAUACCUUUCCAAUUCCAAAAAGAUCCUCCAAAAAAACAUUCCAACUCACUCAGCUCUUUAGAAUACGACACCCCAUUAAUUUUGAGUUCCUUUGAGGAUAUUAUGAAAACACGUCUGUACAGAAAAGAAAGGAAUUCAGCAAAUUCAACACCCACUAAGAAACCACUCAAUUGUGAAAACACAAACCUUCAUGCAAAUUGUGAGAAGCAAAUAGCUGCACUGAAAUCAGAAAUUCAAGCAUUGAAGAACAAAGUGUGGUUGCAGCAGACUGAAUUGGAUUGCUUGAAAUCCAACCUUAGGAAUUCACAAAGGAGUUCGACUUUUAUCAGGGAAUCCAAGUACGAUUUAGGAGAACUAGAGCCAAUUCCUCCUUUUCCUCUGAAUAUUUGA